CCCUUUUAGGACCUGGCGGAAGUCGCUGUUGUGAACCCCUGCAGGUCACCUCUCUCCCUCUCUCCACACUUCUUGUCCGUUUCCAGCCAAAGCGCUGCGUCUCCAUCAGCUGUUCGAGCAGCAGCAGCAGCAGCAGCAGCGGUGCCGGACCGAGGAAGCUGGGAACAUUUUUUUUUACUCUCCGUUCCCCUCGAAUAGUCCAUGUAGCUUUACCACUCGGCGCCAAGGAAAGAAGAAAUGAAGAUGAGGUGUUGUUCAUGGCUGGAGCGCCUUGUCUGCUGCGUCCUUCUCCUCGUCAGCCCGGCGGCAUCGCAGUGGCCAGAAGACAGUGGAGUCUCCCUGCUGCAUCUGAUUGGAGAUCCUCCUCCCAGUGAGAUUACCCAGGUCUACGGGCCCGACAACAGUCCCGGAUAUGUCUUCGGCCCCAAUGCCAACACAGGCCAGCUGGCGCGUGCCCACCUGCCGAGCCCGUUCUACCGAGACUUUGCCCUCAUCUUCAACCUGAAGCCCACCUCUGACGGGGGUGGAGUCAUCUUCUCUAUCACAGACGCCUCACAGCAGAUCAUGUACGUGGGCGUUAAACUGUCGGAGGUGCAGGGCGGCAACCAGAACGUCAUCCUGUACUACACAGAGCCUGACUCACAGCAGUCGUAUGAGGCAGCCAGGUUCCUCGUGCCCUCCAUGAGGGAUACCUGGACGCGUUUCGCCAUCGCCGUGAGGGAUGACAAGGUGAUGUUCUACCUCAACUGUGACACAGACCCUCAGGUGAUGCGCAUCGAGAGGUCCCCGGAUGAGAUGGAGCUGGAGACUGGUGCUGGGGUUUUCGUCGGGCAGGCUGGAGGAGCUGAUCCGGAGAAGUUCCUGGGGGUGAUCGGUGAGCUGAGGGUGGUGGGAGACCCCCGUGCUGCUGAGAGACACUGUGAAGAGGAUGAGGAUGACUCCGAUAUGGCUUCAGGUGAAGGAAGUGGUGAUGAGGAGACAAGACUCUCAAAACCCGCUGUGGAGAAACAUAGAUGGACGACUACUCCUCCAUCCUCUCGGCCGAUCCAGCAGCCACCACUGACCAGGAAAGAGGAGGUGUCCAUCGCAAGAGAGACAGGACCGGUUGGGGCUAAAGGAGAGCGAGGUGACCGAGGGGAAAAAGGAGAGAAAGGAGACAGGGGUCCAAUCGGGCCGAAGGGAGAAUCAGGCUCUGGCUCCAGCUCACGAGGUGGAGCCCGUGGAGAGAAGGGAGAACCAGGGGAAAAAGGAGCAAAGGGCAGUGCAGGUUUUGGCUAUCAAGGAAAGAAGGGUGACCCCGGACCCCCUGGACCCCCUGGCCCUCCUGGCCCUCCAGGGCUUGCAACUGAAAUCUCACUUGGUGGUGACGGCUCAGUUGUUUCGAGAGUCCCCGGACCCCGAGGACCACCUGGACCACAAGGUGUCCCAGGAUCACCAGGAGCUGAUGGAGAGCCAGGUGAUCCUGGAGAGGAUGGAAAAACUGGUCCUGAAGGACCUCCAGGUUUCCCAGGAACUCCAGGAGACACUGGACCCAAGGGAGAGAAGGGAGACCGUGGAGAGGGUCAGCCUGGCCCCAGGGGACCUCCAGGGCCUCCAGGACCUCCAGGAACAGGAUUCAGAUCUACUUUUGUGGACAUGGAAGGUUCAGGGUUCCCUGACCUGGAAUCUAUUCGGGGACUGCCUGGACUGCCUGGAGUGCCGGGUCCCCCCGGUCCCCCCGGGCCUCCUGGUCCCUCUACAGCCAGCACAGCAUCCAGCUCUGGGGCAUUUGGACCACCAGGAAAGGAUGGGGCGCCCGGUCAACCUGGCUUGCCUGGUUUACCGGGUACCGAUGGCCUCCCAGGAGCUCCUGGUCCCAAGGGAGAAAAGGGCGAUACAGGCGAGCUGGGUCUUCCAGGAGCCGUUGGAGAGAAGGGAGCUCAAGGAGAACCUGGUUUACCUGGACCUUCAGGAGAGCCUGGACUCGCUGGUCUGCCUGGACCCAUCGGACCAGUUGGGCCACCUGGGCCUCCCGGGCCUCCUGGACCAAGUUAUCGUGUUGGAUUUGAUGACAUGGAGGGCUCUGGUGGAGGCUUCACCAAUGGACUUCCUGGUGUCAGAGGCCCAGAAGGAAGACAGGGUCCUCCUGGUUUACCUGGACUUCCGGGUAAACCUGGGCUGCCUGGCAUACUGGGUCCGAAGGGCAACGAGGGUCCCGUAGGAAGAGAUGGACGACCUGGGCUGGAUGGCUUCCCUGGUCCUCAGGGACCAAAGGGAGACAGAGGUGACAAAGGAGAGAGGGGUGAAGCAGGUCGAGACGGAACCGGACUCCCGGGUCCACCAGGUCCACCUGGACCACCAGGACAAAUCAUCUACUCAUCUGACAAUUUUGACGGAGUCGUCGGCAGUGUCAGGCCUCAGGGUGGACCUGGUUUACCUGGUCAGGCUGGAUUCCCUGGACCUAUGGGACCAAAGGGGGACAGAGGAGAUCCUGGUCUUCCUGGCUACGGAGUGAAGGGUGAGAAAGGCGAGCCAGGCUUAGUGAUCGGACCUGAUGGAAAUCUGCUGCAUCUGGACGGGUUAAGAGGUCAGAAGGGAGACCGAGGACCUGCUGGACCUGUUGGUCCCUCUGGUCAGUAUGGACCUCCUGGAUUAAAAGGUGAAAUUGGAAUGCCUGGACGACCUGGUCGUCCUGGUGUGAAUGGAUACAAGGGUGAGAAAGGAGAGCCGGGAGGUGGUGCUGGAUAUGGCUACCCAGGCCCACCUGGACCACCAGGACCACCUGGACCCCCUGGUCCAGCCAUUCCUAUAGAUCGCUUCAAUCGCUACGAUGAAACCUCAAGGAAUUAUCCAGUGACUAAAGGGGAAAAAGGAGAGCGUGGCGAGCGAGGACUUCCAGGAAUCCCAGGAACGGCGUCUAACUUUGAUAUUUACGCGUUCAAGAAUGAACUGAAAGGAGAAACUGGAGAUCCAGGUGUGAAGGGAGAGAAGGGAGAGCCCGGUGGUGGAUAUUAUGACCCACGUUUCGGAGUCCAAGGUCCACCAGGACCUUCUGGAAAACCAGGUUUACCGGGUCCAAAGGGAGAUUCCAUUGUGGGCCCUCCUGGACCUCAGGGACCACCGGGGCCACCAGGCGUUGGUUAUGAUGGACGUCCAGGUCCUCCAGGACCACCUGGACCUCCAGGAUCUCCAGGCUCACUUCCUGGAGUAUACAGGCCCAAUCACCCCGUCAGUGUCCCAGGACCUCCUGGUCCUCCUGGCCCACCUGGAAGUCCUGGUCUCUCCUCUGGAGUUACAGUGCUGAGAUCGUACGACACAAUGAUCGCUUCUGCCAGACGUCAGGCAGAGGGCAGCCUCGUCUACAUCAUAGACCGGGCAGACCUCUACCUGAGAGUGCGCGAUGGACUGCGGCAAGUCAUGCUCGGAGAGUACAGGCCCUUCUUCAGAGAUCUGGAGAACGAGGUGGCGGAGGUCCAGCCUCCUCCCGUGGUCCUGUACCCCGAGUCCCGGGACCAGUCCCAGAACAACGGCGCUGGCCAUUACUCCCAGUCUGGUUCUGCCAUACGUCCCAUUGAGCCUCCACCACACCCGCCCGUGGACCCCAGAUACCCCCCGCAGUACGAUCCCAGGUUCCCGGAUCCGAGACACACGGGUCACACAGACGGACGAUUAGCCACCCCACACACUGAGAACAGAUACCCGGUCACCCCACAGAGGCGACCCAGCCCUCCUGUCCCGCAGCCUGGAGGCCACGUGGACACGUCAGGAUCUGGACUACACCUCAUCGCCCUGAACGCCCCUCAGACCGGUAACAUGCGAGGAAUCCGCGGGGCUGACUUCCUGUGCUUCCAGCAGGCUCGUGCCGUGGGCCUGAAGGGAACCUUCAGAGCCUUCCUGUCCUCUAAGCUUCAAGACCUCUACACCAUCGUCCGCAGGUCGGACAGGGACAGCUUCCCCAUCUUGAACCUCAAGGACCAGGUGUUGUUCAGCAGCUGGGAGUCGAUGUUUGGUGACGACGCGAGCAAAAUGAAGGAGAACGUGCCGAUCUACUCCUUCGAUGGUCGAGAUAUCCUCAGGGACAGCGCAUGGCCGGAGAAAAUGGUCUGGCACGGAUCAAACAACAAAGGCCACCGGCAAACAGACCACUACUGUGAAACGUGGCGAGCGGGCGAGCGCGCUGUGACUGGUCUGGCGUCAUCGCUGCAGAGCGGCCACCUCCUGCAGCAAACCUCCAGCAGCUGCUCCGGCUCCUACAUCGUCCUCUGCAUCGAGAACGCCCUCAUAUCACACUCCAAAAAAUAAAGCCCGUCCAUCCUUUCUUUUUUUGUUGUUGUUUUUUUUCCAGGCCCCAGUUUUGUUUUUUUGUUUUUCCUCCCUGUUAACACGGCGUGUGAACCUGCAGCGUCCAGUGAACUGGCCCCGUGGCUCUUUGCCUGGCAGAGACGCUUUGCAUCGUCUGCUCCUCCCCUCCAUGAAACGCCAAAGAGAUGGGUUGAACAGAGGGGGUGUUGGUCCUUUUUCUUGGGGGCAUUGGCACAUAUUUUCUUCAAGAGGUGGAACAACAACAGAGAAGCUAAAUGUGUUCUCAAAUUGUAUCCAUUUAAAAAAGAAAUCUGUAUAUUACAUGUCUGUUUGUGUUCUUGUUUUGUUUUUGUUCUUGUUUUUCUUUUUGAACUGUUUUUAAAAAUGCUAUAUCCAUCCUGUUAUUUUUUAUUUUAGGUAUGGAUCAUUUCCACUUUUUUUUUUUUUUUUUUUUACAAUUUCAUUUUAGAAUUGUGGGUUAUGAUGGGGUACAGCAAACUUUUAAGGACUAUUUUAAAUUUAAAGAAGAUAAUAGAUAUUUAUUUUUAAAUGAAGUUAUGUAAGGACAAAAAAAAUGAUUAGGAAAAAUUAAAAAAUGCUAAAUACCCUCAUUUAUAUUCUGCGCAGCACAGAGCAUUUAAUUCUUUUCUGAUCAGAAACUGUGCCUUAUUACACAACCAGGACUGCUUCACACAAUAAGCUCAUAUAUUCUACCACUUCUUUUUUAUGCAUUAUUCUACAAAUAUGUAAAUGUUACAGUGGUUUUUACUCCCUCAGAUGCUUUUACUUCGCCCCACAUUUAAAUGACCUUGUUGGACACAGACACUACUGUAAUGAAUAAUCCCACAUCCAGAGGGCGAGGUUCCCUCUGGAGCAAAUUGAGCCCUUUGAAUCUAAAAUGAUUAUUUUCCCUUUCACCACGUUACAGAGAAGCAGUGAGGAAGUGAUUAGUUUGCUGUUGGAGUCGUUGGAGUGAUUUCUGUCGUAGGUGUUAGGGAGGGAAAAACCAGGACCUUUUUUUUUUUUUUGUUGUUGUUUUUUUGCAGUAGCUUUGACUUUCAGAGACUAACCUGGCCUUAGUGCUACUGAUGUCUUGACUGAACCUGUGGAAAUCCAUUUUUAUAACAAAAUGUGCUGUACUGUUUCUCCCAGGCACUGAAUUAAAGUCUUUUUCAACCACA